AUGCAGCUAUUGCACUGCACCGUCAUCUCAUCACGUCAUGUGAAGUUUGGCAUAUUUGGUGGCUUUGAAGUGUCGACCUCGGGUGGACCGCGCGAAAUGUUCGGCGACACUGGUUCUAUGCAACCAAAAUUAUCCCCUGCCAAAACAAACAGGGAGUUUGUGCUGCAACGGGACAUUGGCAUCCCUCCAGUUGUCAACCGCGAGACAACCAUACAUAGUAGUGGUCAAUCAACUUCUUGGACGUCUGAGGGGCUCGUUGUUAUCUUAUCAACACGUGACUCCGCGCCCUGGUCGCGUUUGGGUGGAAUUUGGCUUGUAUUCCCUCGUCGCUAUUCAUCAGCAGGGCUUCAAGCACAUAAUCUGUCCCCCGCGGGACUUCCAGACGCAUACGCCCCUCCAACCACAUUACCAUUAUCUAGCGAGAUGCCGUCCGACCUCGUAAUCCAAGACUCAGACGAGUCAGACGCUGAACUGAGCGAUAUCGCUACAUCUAUUGACCCCCUUCAAGACAACAAAACCACCGCCAAGUCUGUCGUUAUCCUAAGGGAUUUUCUUCCCCCUGAUCAGCACUCACAAUAUCCCCGUAAUGGCGAUAAUGAUGAUAAUAAUCAGCUGGCAGAGAAAACCAUCAAUGGGAUAGGGAGCGGCGCUGAUCUCCACCCAAAUACCCACGGUGCGCGAAGCUUCGAUCCCACUAUCAGCGUCAACUUCCAUCAAUUCCUCACGUCACAAUCACAGGAUCAGACGGCUACAGGCCCCGUUUCAUUGUCCCAACAACGGAGGGAGAGGGCGUGGCUGGGGGAAGAGGACGGGGACGGUGCAUAUCCUAUGGUGGUGGAGUCCCCCAGGAAAAGUAUCUUGAAAAGGGGGAGGACGAUGGAUGCUGGUAAUACAGAAGUGGAUGAUAUUGUUGUAAGGGAAAAGAAUAUUAAGAGGAGACGGACCAUGAGUGUGUCCGAGGCAUUUCAGGGUGCCGUGGUGAAACGUGUGGGCAUUGCUGGUUCGCGAGAGCAAGGUGAGGAGGGUAGCUAUGGUGCCAGCGAGGAAUGGUCGACUGAACGAAUGAUUGCUACUGAAUCCUCUCUAUCCCCGACAAAGGACGAUGGAGAUGGCACUUGCGAAGAAGGUGUGCCAAUUGAAGAUCCGGUUAUUCCUGAAAAUCAUUCCUUUACAGCUGAAACCAUACCAGCGCCUCCAGCCACUGGGUCAGAAGCCCACUCUCAAAAGCAACCGAUCGUGCGAUCAAAGUCCACGCAAGGAUUUGACGAUACUGCUUACGAUACUGAAUUAAUGUCUUCCGUAGCCCUCGCACGACCACACAGGACAAUGUCGUCAUCUUUCAUACGCCAACCGCCACAAUCAUCAACAGAAAGUGCUUGCGAUGAGCUUGCCCUACCUCCCGUCGUUCAAGUUGCGAUAACCAAUAUGAGACCGACAGCGAUGUCAGAGAAGAAGCAAUCAGUUGCAGAGUAUGCUGGGAUGGAGAGUGAUCAGGAUGAAUUGGACUGUAUCGAUUUUGGUGGUAUCCCGAAAGAACGCUACAAACCACGGCCGAGUAGGUCGAGGAGUAAAGCUGUGAUUGACCCUGGUAUGGGUGGAGACGGGAUUGGUGUUGGUGGCGAUCCUUACGUUGAAGUUAUGGUGCCGCGUGAGGAUUUCCCAGUCGUACAAUCAUGUCCAUCACGCGAUGCCAGAGACUCAAUUGUUGCAGAAACAAGGAAAACCCCAGAAGAAAAUUCGUUAAAUGCCAUGACUCAGGAUGUCCCUCUGGAAGCAUCUAAACGACCACUCAAAUCAGCGAAGAAGAAGGUUAAGCGGGGAAAGACCACUUCAGCGAUGUUGAAGACGGCUCUAGAAUCAGAUGUCGAAGAUGAUGUGAUAUGGAUGGACGAGAAGCCAGCAAAUGUUUCAUUCAAGGAUAAGGCGAACGAUUCAUUAUCAAAGAGUCGGAAAGCUGAACGCGGCGAGGAUAGCAAGGGAGAGCCCCUUGGCAACCAGACCGAGAGUAUCCAGGAAGAAAUUCCUCUUGAAGAAAAAGUGGUGGACGAAAGUGAUGUGAAACUCGACAAAAUCCAGCAGAUUCCGUUUGACCCUACUUCUGCUGCCACCGUGUCUGCGUCUGAGCUCAAAAAACGCGGUCGAAAGCGGAAGAGGACAUCAGACAGCCUAACUAUGGAGUCUCUACUGCCUCUCGCAGAGCAAGAUCAGAAUAUUCCUACAUUGAAAAAGGCCCCGGGGGAAAAAGACUCCAAACCGGAUAUCACGACAGAUGCUGGCGCCGCAGAAGAAGCCGAUCAAGUAGUACAACUUAACGAGCAAGAGCAAAUGAAACCGAUGACACCCAGCCCUACAUCCACAAUCGCAAUCGUCAACAACGACCUCAGCGCCCCGGCCAGUCAAAACACCCCAAAAGACCCCCAUGUUAGUACAAAGGGGCCCAGACAAACACAGUCCCAUCAUGAUAAACAAGAAGGCACCAUACCGCGUCGGCCUGAGCCGUACGGCGAAGAUCGCACCGUUGCUGAAGGUGGUUAG